CGACAGCACUUGAACGCAGCAGAGGCAGCAGCAGCAGCAGCAGUCAGUGAGCUGGAGCGGGCUGUCAACCUGCGUCUGCAGGGCCCCGCUGCGGCUGCACAUCAGACACUGAGGAGACAGACAUAAGACACACUGAGACUCAUCCACCGGCUGUUUGUCUCACAGCUGCAGGUCUGAACGGCCUCAUGUGGCUUCGUUCACCUCCGCAGGUGCCUUGAAGGAGCAGGUGCGCUGCCGGGAAUUUAUUUUGUGCCUUUAAGUAAAUUGUCUCAAAGGGUUACACACUUGGCGAGGCUGCGCCGCUGUUGUUUGUUGUCACUUCCGGUCCGUGAAUUAGCAGAUCACGUCGCCGGUGAAGAAGAAGUUCAUCAGCAUCGAUGCUUCGUGCAGGCAGGAUGGAGGAGUUUGUCACGGAGGAAGAGGAGCCGUGGUACGAUCACCGGGACCUGGAGCAAGACCUGCACUUGGCAGCCGAGCUCGGCAAGACUCUCCUGGAGCGCAACAAGGAGCUGGAGGACUCCCUGCAACACAUGUACAUCAACAAUGAGGAGCAAGUACAAGAGAUAGAGUAUCUGUCCAAGCAGUUGGAAAUGUUGCGGGAGAUGAACGAGCAGCACGCAAAGGUGUAUGAACAGCUGGAUGUGACUGCCAGAGAGCUGGAGAUCACCAAUGAGAAGCUGGUGCUGGAGAGCAAGGCCUCACAGCAGAAAAUAGACAGGUUGAUGGGCACCAUGGAGACCUUGCAGAGUCAGGUGGACAGUCUGACAUCUCGGGUGGAGGAGCUGCGAACUCUGGAGGAGCUGAGGGUCCGCAGAGAGAAGAAGGAACGGCGCAAGACUGUCCACUCCUUCCCCUGCCUCAAAGAGCUGUGCACUGCGCCAAGGUAUGAGGAUGGUUUCUUGCUGGCCAACCCGGGCAGCGUGGACCUCGCUGAAAGACGGCCAGGGGAUGAGGAGAAUGAGCGUCUGAGAAACAUCGUCUCCUCCCUGCGCGCAGCCAUGGCCACAGAGAGGUCCAAGAGGGAGGGCGCUGAGCGGGAGUGUGCCGCCGUGCUGCAGGAGUUUGAGCGUCUGGAACAGCGUCUCCUAGGAGCAGAGGGCUGCCAGAUGCGGGUUCAGGAGCUCGAGGCUGAGCUCCAGGAGAUGCAGCAGCUGAGGAAGUCCAGAAUGUGUCUGAUUGGGGGCAUGGAAGACGGCCUAGAGAUGUUGCUCAACAACGGCCCUGAGACGGACACCCCCGAGGAGGGCUUAGGGCUGGAAGAGGGAGGUGAAGGAGAGGCGGGGGGCGCGGGGCAGCAGGGGGGCCCAGUGAGGAAAAGCUGCAGCGACACAGCUCUGAAUGCCAUCUCAGCCCGCGAUGCCUCAGGUAGGCGUCAGGGCAGCUACGCCCUCCAUGCCAACGGAGUGCGCAAACGUGGCAUGUCCAUCCUGCGGGAAGUGGACGAGCAGUACCACGCCCUGCUGGAGAAGUACGAGGAGCUGCUGGGGAAGUGCCGGGGUCAUGAGGAGAGCCUGUGCCACGCUGGGGUGCAGACUUCACGGCCCGUCUCCAGAGACCCCUCCAUCAAAGAGUACAGCAUGGUCUCUGCGGGACCUUCAACAUCAGGGGCCGUCGCCACCCCUCCAACACCUCCUCAAACGCCCUCUACCCCGGAGGCCCUGGAGGGGCUCAGCAGGCAGGUGGAGCAAGUGGACAAACGGCUCAGCCAGAACACGCCGGAGUACAAGGCGCUGUUCAAAGAGAUCUUCUCCCGCUUGCAGAAGACCAAGAGUGACAUGAACUCCACCAAGAGCAGGAAGACUAACAAAUGAGCCAGAGCUCAUUCUAACAGCUACUGAUACUACAGGCACUGAAAACACUAAACAAGAUUUAUUUGUCUUAAUUUACCUCACUGUUUUGAAGGCUUCUUUGUUUUACUUUUGCCCACUCGUGAACUGAUGGGUGGAUGCCUGUAGCCAUGGUGAGUCAGGUGAUUAAUGAUGCAUAUUUUCAGCAGUGGUCACUCGCACCAUUUGCUGCCAAAUGUUACUGCCAAAUGUUAUACUUCACUACACGGAUGAAAGAUCGUUGAUGUGGAUGAAAUGCUUUUCCUGAGUGACCGUAAACGACAAAUAGAGAGGAAGGUUGUGUUUCUGUCCGAGGACAGUCUAGUGUGUGAUGUAGUAUUUGUAAUUGAUUGAUUUAAGUAUUGCCAUUUAUUCUUUAUUUAUGAAAAAUAAUGAAUAUUAAACAGAGGACAAAAUCAGCCAUUGGAUUAACGAUUUAUGGCAUUUGAAGCAUGUAUCUGUCUAAUAAACACUAAGUGCUAAAUUGUUCUUUAAAAGCAGGUAGAAACUAAAUCACAAGGUUUUGACCAGCUUAUUAUUAUUAUCAUAUUUGACUGUGUGCAAAUUUGAAUUUGUCGGAUUGUACAAAUCCUUCAAGACGGCUGCCAAAGCUUACUGUGUAUAAGUGUUUGAUGGAGAUUGGUUUACUUACAUGGUUUAUUGUAACUCAUCUUGUGAAGGAGAUGACACCUGAACAGAUGGUGUUUUUACAGCAUGCAUUACAAGCUGCAGGGGAAUGAUCUGUGUUUCAGGGGGUUUGUUUGAUCAUUUCAGACAUGACAACAAUCAGUUCUGCACUGUGCUAUCACACUGUCAAAGCUGUUCCUGUAAUAGGCCAUGUAAAAUGUUUUCUGUUAAUUAAAAAAAGCUAUGUAUUGA